UGCCGCUCCUGCGCGCGCCCCCCCACCCUGUGCGCGCCCCCGCCGCCACUCACUUCCGGCCCACGCGCGCCGCGCCCCCGUCGGCCACGUGACCUUACCCAAGCUAAUCGCGGGGCCGCGCGCCGGCCCGCGGGAAGUGCCGCGCAAGCACGGGCCAAUGGGCUCGCGCCCCGCCCCUCCGCUGGGCGGUGCCGGCCAAUGGGAGCGCGGGGCGGCGGCGUUUGAAAAGCGCCCCAGGAAAAGGGGCGGGGGAGGAACCAACGGCCGCUGGGGGGGCGAGGGAGGGGGGGGGGGCGUGGAGGGCCCGUCAUGGCGCACAAACAGAUCUACUACUCCGACAAGUACGACGACGAGGAGUUCGAGUACCGGCACGUGAUGCUGCCCAAGGACAUCGCCAAGCUGGUGCCCAAGACCCACCUGCUGUCGGAGUCGGAGUGGCGGAACCUGGGGGUGCAGCAGAGCCAGGGCUGGGUGCACUACAUGAUCCACGAGCCAGGUGAGCCCCGCGGGGGGGCGGGGAGCGCCCGGAGGGCCCGGCCUGACCGCCCCUCUCCCCCCGCAGAACCCCACAUCCUGCUCUUCCGACGGCCGCUGCCCAAGAAGCCGGAAAAGUGAGCGGUCCCCGCUCUGCCGGAGCUCCCAGCCCGUUCGAGCUGGGAAAGCACCUUCCUCCUCCUCCUUCUCGGCGUUCCUGGGGGGCUUCACCCCCUGGCCCUUGGUGCCGCCUGGGCGCCGCCGUGGCGACUCGGCGCCGGUGCCGGGGGUUUUUCCUGUUGCGAGGCCUCCGAAGCUUCAAUAAAGUGAUGUUUUUGGGA